UAAAAAAUAGCGGUUACGAGCUAUCCAAAAAGUCUGGUAUUAUUUCGUGAAGCACCGCUGCAGUCUAUAUAAUAACACUUGAAGGUAGUGUAUAUAGUCCCCGGAUAUAGUAUUGCGGGUGGGCUUUGCUUUGUACGACGAAGGAGUGAUUGAGGCGGAAUGAUAUUAAUAACGUUUCGGUGGCUCUUCUUAUUGGCUUCCAGUCUAAAUUGGUGUCCGCGAGGAGAGGACCCGUAGACCCACUCCGCGUAGCGGCACUUAACCAUUGUUUCUUUAAACCAAUCCAUUGUUUUUUUAGAAAGUCGUUGUUAGCUUGUGGUUGCUAACUAGCUAGCUUUAGCUUCGCGGUUAGCACGCUAAAUGUGUGCCUUUGUUGUUUUGGUUCUGUGGAGCUCUGGCUGCGUCUGUGGCGCAGCUGUCCAGCUGCAGAGGGGACAGAAGUGUUUAGUCAAAGCUAGCUGUGUCAGGCUCUAAUGUUGUGACAGGCAUUUCAGUGAUGGAGCAAAGGAAAAGAAGUGCAGGAUAUGCUCCCAGAUCUUCACCAAAGAGAGCAGGUUGCAGAAGCAUCUCCGUGAGCAUGAGCUCAACGAUAAGCCUUAUCGCUGUGACCAGUGCUCGCAGACUUUUAAUGUGGAGUUCAACCUCACCCUGCACAAAUCAACACACACCAUGUGCGACUUCACCUGUCCUGUUUGCAAUAAAAGGUUUUCCCGCAUCGCAGGCCUCAAAUCCCACAUCAUGCUUCACAAAAAGGAGGAGAACCUUAUCUGCUCAGUGUGUGGAGAUGAGUUUGUUCUUCAAAGCCAGCUCUCGCUGCACUUGGACGAGCACCAGAAGGAGCUGUCGGGCGUCAGGGUGGCGUACACCUGCAAAAGCUGCAGCAAGGAGUUCAAGAUGUUCACCGAAUACAAGGAGCACACCAAGAGUCACAUCAGGAUGAGGACGCUGUCGGCCAGUUCCAGAAACUACAAGAAAAACAUUGACCGCAGCGGGUUCACCAACGGCUGCCAUCAUUGUGGGAAAGCUUUCAAAAAGCCCAGCCAACUCAUCAGACACAUACGGAUACACACAGGUGAAAGACCCUAUAAGUGCACACACUGCAACAAGGCCUUCAACCAGAAGGUGGUGCUGCAGACUCACAUGGUGAAACACACAGGAGAGAAACCUCACCUCUGCAUGUUCUGCCCUGCAUCCUUCUCCCAGAAAGGGAACCUGCACUCUCAUGUUCAAAGGGUUCACUCUGAGACCAAAGGGGUUCCUCUGUUCCCGUGCCUGGACUGCAGCUGUGUGUUUAAGAAGCUGGGGAGUCUGAAUGCCCACAUCAGCAAGAUGCACAUCUCCGUGAUAGAGGUGCCUUUGGGCACUUCAGAGACAGAGACGGCCGGUCAGACCGCGGGGGGCUCCGAAGGAGGUGAGGGGGUGACGGAUGUGAUCCAGCAGCUUCUAGAGCUGUCAGAACAAGUCAGUGGGGAGGUGGCCCAGCCUCACCCACCAGAGCCAGCUAUUGCCAUGGAAACGGCCAUCAACCAGGACAUCUUGCAGCAAGCUUUGGAGAACAGCGGACUGAGUGUCGUCCAACCUCAGAGCGACACAGCGUCCCAAGAGUCUCAGAACCAAAACACAGAGGGCGCCGCUAAACAGUGCAAGAAAGACCCAGUCCUAGACAAAUCGCUGAGGGAGAAGAAAAGAAGCAUUUUUAAGAAACCUAUACAGAUGCCAGGCUCGAUCAGGGAGGAGGACGGGAUUCGCUGGCAUGGCUGCCCAUACUGCUCUAAGGAGUUCAAAAAACCAAGUGACCUGGUCCGCCACAUCCGCAUCCACACCCACGAGAAGCCUUUCAAGUGCAAACAGUGUUUCCGAGCUUUUGCUGUGAAGAGCACCCUCACAGCACAUAUGAAAACGCACACCGGCAUCAAGGCCUUUGAGUGUCAGUGCUGUCUGAAGUGCUUCUCCACUUCUGGCAGCAUGAAGGUACACAUGCGGCUACACACAGGUGCACGUCCUUUCCCAUGUCCUCACUGCGACAAGAUCUUUCGUACCUCCGGCCACAGGAAAACGCACAUUGCUUCUCACUUCAAAGGCUUGCAGCAGAAGAAGAACAAAUUUCCACGGAAAGCCAACAAAGCUAAAGCCUCCAAAAGCAUCUUACCCUUGCCUGACAUCCCCCUACAGGAACCUAUCCUGAUCACUGACUAUGGCCUAGUUACAUCCCAGAACCCUCGCCUUGGUUUCCCACAGUUCCUGGAUGUGGUGGGCAGCGAAAGGCCAUACAAGUGCCAGUUUUGCAGUAAAGCCUACAAGAAAUCAAGCCAUCUAAAACAGCAUGUCAGAUCACAUACAGGAGAGAGGCCAUAUAAAUGCAUUCAAUGUAGUCGUGGUUUCGCCUCCUCAGGAGUCCUCAAAGCUCACAUCCGGACCCACUCGGGCCUAAAGGCUUACAAGUGUCUAAUGUGUGACACAACGUUCACAACCAGCGGUAGUCUGCGGCGCCACAUGACUACCCACAGCGACCUCCGACCUUACAUGUGCCCUUACUGUCAGAAGACUUUCAAGUCGUCGCCCAACUGUAGGAAACACAUGAAGACACACAGGUACGAACUGGCCCAGCAGAUGCAUUCACAGGCGAGUGAGGACCCACUGGGAAACGGUGCCGUGACCCAUGACAUGCCAGCAGAAAUGGAGACAGAGUCCCUGCAGCAGGCCUCUAAUACCACCGCAGAUCAGCAGAGCAUGCUGGAGCUGGGCCAGACAGAAGUUGUGAGUGGAGGCCAUCAAGUGACUCUGGAGGGCUCGUUGAACGACCAACCACUCGUUCAAGGCGAAGACUCGUACGUGACUACCCAGCAUGCUUUGCCUCAAAAUAUCGGCCAGUUUGAGACACCAGCACUUCCUCAGCCUGCGUUUGACCAGCAGGCUCUAACUCAAGGCUUCAGCAUCACCGACUCCAGCUACAACCAGCCUCAGUUUUCUGCUGUUCAGCAGCUGCAGGAUUCCAGCACUCUGGAGUCUCAGGCUCUUUCCUCCAGCUUUCAUCCCCCAAAUCUGCUUCACGUCCCUGGCAAUGAGGUGACAGAUGGGCUCCUUCAGCCGAGCGGUGAGAAUGAGCUGCAGCUGACUACAGAAACACCAGACUACCAGGAAGACAGUGAAGACAGCACGAAGAGAACCUACAGAUGCACCUGGUGCCCUAAAGGUUUUAAAAAGUCGAGUCAUCUGAAGCAGCACAUUCGAUCCCACACUGGGGAGAAACCAUACCGAUGUGACCUCUGUGGGCGCGGGUUUGUUUCAGCCGGAGUGCUCAAGUCUCAUCUCAACACUCACACGGGCAUGAAACCAUUUAAAUGUGAUGUUUGUGAUGCGUCUUUCACCACCAACGGUAGCCUGAGUCGCCACGUAAUCAUCCACGCCAAGUCUUUUAAAUGUCCGCUGUGUACCGAGAGCUUUAGGACGACUUUACUAUGUAAGAGGCACAUGAAGAAGGAGCACGGAGUUCAGGAACAUGUCAUAAGUCUGGAUGCGCAUGACGGGGAAGAAGAGGAUGAUGAUGUAGAGGCUGAACAGAAAACAUCAAAGAGGAGAAGUUUGGAAAUCAUCACUUUCACCGAAGAGCAGGCCGCCGAGCUGGCUAAAGAUCCUGGUGAGGAGGCGUCUGUGUCGGAGCGGAUCCUCGCCCAGUCAGCGGCUGAGAGGGAUCGGAUCAGUGAGAUCAAAGACAAAGCUGUGGAGCUGGAAACCGAACCCAAGUUUGCCAACUGCUGCAGUUUCUGUCCCAAGAGCUUCAAGAAGCCCAGCGACCUCGUCAGGCACAUCAGGAUCCACACGGGAGAAAGACCGUACAAAUGUGAUGAAUGCGGGAAGAGUUUUACUGUGAAAUCCACUCUGGACUGCCACGUGAAAACACACACAGGUCAGAAGCUGUUCUGCUGUCACAUGUGCAACACCUCCUUCUCCACAAAAGGCAGCCUGAAGGUGCACAUGCGCCUCCACACCGGCUCCAAACCCUUCAAGUGUCCGUUCUGUGAACUACGCUUCAGAACUUCAGGCCACAGAAAAACCCACAUUCAGUGUCACUUCCGUCCAAACGGGGACAGCCGAAAAUCCAAGCGCUCUUCUUCGUCUUGUGGCCACGCCAGACAGAGUCAGGACUCGGGGCAGGCUGUGGCCUCGGGUCAGGGUCAGCAGCCGGCUGCUUCAGAGUCUUUGCACCCCGUGGCUUUAUUACAGACGUCUAACUCAGACCCCAGCAUUUACCUCCCAGCUAACCAAGUCAUGACGGGUCAGUUUGACCAGAAUCUACUGCAGCCAGGACUAGUCGGCCAGGCCAUCCUGCCAGCCUCCAUGUCAGCUGCUGGAGACCUGACCGUGUCUCUCCCCGAUGGCCUGACAACACUGGAUGGAAUCCACCUGCAGCUGACCCAGGCCAACCUGGUGUGCCCCAACGUUCAGAUCUCUGGCAUCGAUGCAAGCAGCAUCAACAACAUCACAUUACAGAUCGACCCUGCUCUCCUCCAGCAGACCUUACAGCAGGGUGGUCUCCUAUCUCAGCCCUUGAGCAUGGACACCAGCCUGGUGCCACACUCUGGCAGCCAGCUCAUGUCUUCAGCUGACCCCUCUGUGUCUGCCAACGUUGUCAUCCACCCUCUGACCAGCUUGGCCCUGCAGCCCUCCAGCAUCACGUCCCCACAGGUCUCGCUGACUGGGCUCUCUGAGCAGGACGCUGCAGCCUCUCAGGACCUGAACCAUGUCAUGAGCAGCGGUGGUCUGGUGGCAGGUGGCAGCAACAGUCAGGAGAUCACUCUGACCAUCAACAACUCCAGUCUGACACAAGCCCUCGCUCAGGCCCAGGCUCAGGCCUCAGGUGCCUGUUCCAGCACGGCUGCAGGAAACCCUCAGGAAAUCACCCUCACCAUAUCAGGUCAGGACCUGCUCUCACAGAACUCCAGCUCCAGUGGUGCAGAGAUGAACGGCAGCAUCCGGCUUGCAUCGCCACUAACUAGCCAGCCCACCAGUGCAACGCUGACCAUCACCAAUGACCAGCUUCUACCUCCGAGCACAGCCAGCACUGAAAUGACAGUCACCAGUCUGCCUCCCAGCACCACUUUGUCUCAUUCGGCUGCACCCAAGAGCCUGGUCAUGUCACCAGGAGCCGUGGCUAGCGAUGGCAGCGUUACGCUGACCCUUUCUGAUGCUCAGGGCAUGCUGGAUGGUGUCACUCUAAACCUCAGUGCACAGGGCCAGACAUUUUCAUCUGUUCUGAAUGAGUCUGAUAUCCCGGGGCAACCAGUCACCCCAGGCCAACAGGUCAUACUGGUCAGCCACCAACCCCAGUCUACAAACAGUGCAUCUGCUAAUGGAUAUAAUAACUCAGGCGACGGCAGUAAAGGUGAGAAAGACCCCCAGUCGGUGAUGGACAGCCAGAACCAAUGUUUCUACUGCAUCCAGGUGUUUGACAAUCCUAAUUCACUGAGACGCCACUGCAAGCAAGCUCACGGCAAGGACCGCUGUCAUGUCUGCAGAAUCUGCAAUAAGGCCUUCAAACGCGCCACCCACCUCAAGGAGCAUGAGCGAGUGCACCAGCCAGGUCCGUCACCCAGCUCCCAGAAACCCAGAGUCUUCAACUGUUCCUCCUGUGCAAAGGCGUUCGCCAAACGCAGUCAGCUGGAGAGACACAACCGUACACACACGGGCGAGCGGCCGUUUAAGUGCAGCCAGUGCGACAAAGCCUUCAACCAGAAGAGCGCCCUGCAGGUCCACAUGGUGAAACAUACAGGAAAGAAGCCCUUCAAGUGUGAAGUGUGCAGCAUCAGCUUCACCCAGAAGAGCAACAUGAAAAACCACAUGAAGAGAUCGCACGGCUACGGUCAGAUACAAGACGUUCCCCUGGGUCAAGAGGAUCUAGCGUCUUCAGUGGAGGUGACGCCAGAGCUCAACCUGGAGGUGGUUCCUGAGUCAGCUGGAGACUGGCACAAUGUCUUCCCAUGACCUCCAUGAGUCAGAGAACGCUGUUGGCUGUUGCUGAAGCCGGCUGGGUUUACAGAUAAAUAGUGAAGCUUUGCUUACACCUGCUCUGGCGUGUGCCACAGGCUCUCACCCGAGGAGCAGGUCCCUGCUUGUUUAUCCUCAUUAGCUGUGGCGUAAACAAAGUGGGGCUGUGUGGAUUAGCUUAAUGACUUUUAUCUGUUUGUGCUUCUGUCUGAUCCCCUUCAGACAGAUCCAGCCCAAUAAAGCUGGUACCCCAGGAGGUGCAGGCCCCUCUCGUGCUGUUGGAGAACAGAACCAGCACAGGUGGGCUUUUUCCUGCUGGCUUACAGAACAUUAGUCACUUUAUUUGACUUGUUGAUAAUGUACACUGAGCCUGGCAGGGAAAAGUCAUUUUCAGUUUGUCAGAGUUAACGUGUUGGUGGCUGUUUGAACUCUGACGUAAAGAUGGCACUUCCUUUGAUAUGAAUGACAUCAGCAGCUUAGUGCAGACUGUAGUUCAUUUGUAAAUAUUGUGGUUAGAAUGCAUAUAUUUUCAGAACAACCACCGGUACAUAGAUUGUUUGGAUAUUUUUACUUUUAGCAUCGUGUUGCAUUUGAAGCAAAGCCAAGAUAAUAAGCUGUAUUUUUCUUUUGUUUUUGUUCAUUUCAAUUUUUUUGUAGUUGUAUUUUCUAUUGGUCAGAGAAUAAAUUAAGACUUUUUUAAUACGUCUCUCUCCUCGUUUUAUUUUUACUUUUCAAAGGAGGAAGAAGAAAAUAAACACCCGGAAGGAUGAGAGUGACUUUGUUGUGUAGUGUAGAGGGUCAAUGAGGUGUGUGGAAAGUAGAGGAAACUCCGGGGCUCAUUCGGCAUUUAGCCAGGACCUGCUGGGAUACAAUCUGCCUCGAUUCGCUUGACUUGGCUGCUCAGGAAGAAGAACUCAGACUGAAGGAUCGGGCAGGACUGAUAGAAACGAGAGUUCGGCUCACACUAAAGGAGACGCCUAGCUUGAAACGCUCAGUUUACUCAUAAAACACCUGGAAUAACUAGUCAAAUGUCUUCAAAUACAAACUAAGUGACUCGGUUGCUUUGAAAAACAAAACCUGUGUUGAUCUCAUAUCCUGGGUGUCUUAACUCACAGAAACCUCCCCCUGUUCAGGAGUCUGACUCAUCAUGGUACAGCACAAUCUAAUCAGGAGGUCCUAAAGGGAAAGUGGACAGGAGAAACUUCUGGAACUCAUUAAAACUUCUAGAAUGACUUCAUGUGCAGCAUAAAGAUGUAAUCAACAUUUAUUAGCAGACUGAGGAUCCAAAGUACCCUAUUACAACAAUAGCAAUAAAUAAGAGAAAACAAAAACAAAUAAUUCAGAGCAGACUGCUAUACCAGUGAUGCCACAAUUCUGACUGAAAGCGGGUGGUGCUACAGUAGACAUUAGUCAGGCCCUUAAUAGUUAUAUUAUCACAUUGGUUUAGUCUGCAGAUAAACCUAUACACCAGGAUCCUCCGCAUUGCAUGAAUAUGUAUUCAUCCCCAUUGAAACAAACAAGUGGCUUGCACUUUCCCAACAAGGUGUCUUUAGCAAAAUUCUUAUACAGUCAUUAUAUGCUACAUUAAGUCGCCGAAGACUUGAUUGUAGCAGGACCACAUGUGCCGUAUAUUACUGAGUACUUUAAAGAGUAACCUUUUCACUACAAAUUAGCAUAUUGGCCUGUGCAUACAUCUUACAGCAUUGCCGAUCAAUAUCAUCAUCGUCAGCCAAGUCAUCAUUUAUGAAAUGCCCCAAAUAUUUGUAUUUGUCAAUCACAGCCAAGGUUUUACCACACAUUGUGAACUGGGGAAACUGCAGACCUUUAUCUUCCUUUAAUCUGCAGGUCAUAAUGCAUAAGGUAACAGGAUUAAAAUGGUUUACUGUAUAUUUAUGGAUUUAUUUUAGGUUUUCAGAAAGUUAGAUGUUUGUUAUUGUUCAUCUAUGAAACGCCGCUCCUACAGACCUCCAUGAAUUCUAAACUCUUCUAAAACUUCACGUCCGUUAUUUAAUCUUUUUCGGUUAUUUCAGCAGGAAUAAUUAAUAAAGUGAUUUCAGCUGCUGAUGAAUAAAAUAAGAACUUUGUUUUAAUUACCAGGUACAAACUGGGAUCAUUAAAGGUGUGGAACCCUGAAAAACAUUUACUUAAUGAUUAUUUCUGAUUAGAGUUGGCCACAGCGUUUUUCAUGCAGGCUGAACAUGAAAAUGGUCUCCUACACCGUCCUCCUGCAUUAGCUAAUAGACUGUGAAACUCUGGGAUUUUUAAGCCCCACAGGUCUAUGUCCAGGGCGCAAUUUGGUGCCCCCCCCCCCCCCCCCCCCUCACCUUUGAUGCCCCUCCCCCGGUGAUUAAAUUUUAUCCUUGGGUGGGAUAAGGUUUUUCUUUUAGUAGGAGGGUCUUUUGUGACAUCCAGACCCUUUUUCCAGGGUACAAUGGUUCCUGGUAGUUUUUUCGGUCAUUUAUUUGUUGAAAUCUCCGAGAUUUCUAAACAAACAUAUGCCCGUCUCCAAGUAAAUACCAGCCAUCCACAGUCCCCCCAGCACGCUGUCCCGCCCCUACUGAACAGGGGACAGUAUGGAAUAAGAGGUGUGGCUCAUCAGUGGGUUAAAACUUAUUUAGAAAAAAGGAAACAGUUUGUUCAGAUAAAAGAUCAUGAAUAAAAACUAUGUGAUGCUAAUUGUGGAGUGCCACAAGGGUCGUUCCUCGGACAAAAACUGUUCAUUUUGUUUAUUAACGGGUUGGUAAGUGUAUCUAAGACACUCAGUACCAUUCUGUUUGCAGAUGAUACAACACUGUUUUACUCAGGCUCAAAUAUUGAGGAGGUGGCUAAAGUGAUAAAUGAUGAACUGAUUAAAAUUAAAAACUGGUUUGAUAUAAAUUGACACUGAAUCUUAAUAAAACAAAUUUUAUACUGUUUAAUGAUAAAAAGAACAGAGAUGUGUCAUUGGAAAUAGAUGGGAUUGAAAUUCAAAGAGUAAAAGAAACUAAAUUUCUUGGAGUUCUUAUUGAUGAAGACUUGACAUGGAAACCACAUAUUAGUUGAGGUAAAAUUGCCUAAUCUUUAAGGACUAUUACAUAGAGUCAAGUUUUUACUGACUAAUUCUGGUUUGUUGGCAUUGUACAAUUCACUGAUUGUUAUAUUGUGUAGAAAUCUGGGGAGCAACAUACAAAAACUAUACACAACCCUUAUUUAUAUUACAGAAAAGAGCUUUGAUGAUCAUCAAAUGGUGUUAAAUUAUGGAAUAACCUUAAAAGGAAAAAAAACUCUGUCAUUUAAUAUAUUCAAAAAAUGUACCAAAUUGAGUGUACUAAGUAAUUAUGAAAAUAUAAAUAUAAAUUAAAUCAAUGAUCAUGGUCACUCUGGAAUUAAGAACAAGAAAAAGUUCUAACUGAAUCUGUUUGUGUGUCUGACUAAUGGAAAUUGUAUUGAUUAUUUCUUCUGGAAAAGGGGGCAGAAAUUAUAAAACGUUUUCUUCAUUCUGCUCCUUUUUGUUCAAAUUUGAUUUUUUUGUUGUUAUGUAUAUUUUAUUGUUUAUAUGUUUUAUUUGUUUUUAUUUUGAAUGAAAUAAAUGAAUUAAACAAAAAUGAUGGCAUCCUAAACCUCCACCUCUACCUUAUAUUGUCUUUAUUUCAUAGCCUUUACAUCCAUGCUAUCAAUAGUAUUAAUAUUAUUGGUGUGCAUAUGUAAAUAAUAUGUAGGAAAACCUCCAUACAUAUUGGCCUAAGUCUGUGUCUUUUUGUCAGAGAGAGUGAGAGAGAGAUGAUGAUUUCAUAUUGUAUUAUAAUCAUAUCAUUAGUUGUAGUCGUAUCUACAUUAGUUUCAUAGUUUAAUUUCUCAUUUAGACGAAAAUAAAUGUUAAUCCGCUAGUUUGAUGGAUUUCUGGUUACAGCUGCUUCUGCUGAGUGAAGCUUCUCAACCUGAGGAUCAUCUAUAGAACAAGAACACCCGAGUAGCCUCGCUGUCAUCAGUUCAGGUUAGAUGUAACACCAUUAGUGUUCACAACUCCACCACACAGCUGAACUCCUCCAGGCUUGUGUUAUUUGUGGAGAUAAAACACCAACAUUGGAGUCAGUGGAAGAGUUGCAUUGCUAUUAUCCAAUCAGAGGCACAAUGUUCAAAUAUCAUGAAAUAAGACUCCAAACCCUGAGAUGUUCUGCCACUCGCUCCUUCAGCUGACUCCACCGUGCUGAUACAGCUGCUUCUGCCACUGCCAUGAACAGCAAAUAACAGCUUAACUGGUUAAUUAGUGACCUCGGGUUGCCUUUGUGGUUAUUUACAGUAAAUUUGGUUAAAUGUUCUGAGUUUUCAGUUUCCAUUAAGGCAGUUUAGACAACGCCACUGCACUGAAACAGCACAGUUUAAGGUGUUAAAUGAUUAUGAUGUAAAUGCAGUUUCAGGGAAAACAUCUAAUGAUGCUCAAUCUCAGUGCAGCUUUUGAUACUGUGGGCCACAACAUCCUUCUUGAUAGGCUCGUAACCUGGGUGGGACUUUCAGGCUCAGUCCAUAGUUGGUUUCAAUCAUAUCUUGAAGACGGGGAUUAUGUUGUCUCUACUGGUGAUCCUAAAUCAAGACAGAUUAUCAUGGCAUGUGGGGUCCCCCAAGGCUCAAUUCUUGAACCACUGCUCUUCAGUCUUUAUGCUCCCCCUGGGUCAGGUCACACAACAACAGUUGUGCAGAUGACACCCAUAUCUACCUAGCUCUAUCACCUAGUUACUGUCGUCCCCUGCAGUCACUCUGUCAGUGUUUGGAGAAAGUUAAUGACUGGAUGCAGUCAGACUUCCUCCAGAUAAAGAAAGACCAGACUGAAGUCAUGGUAUUAGGAAAAAAGAAGGAUAGGAUGGAGGUUAUUGCUCAGCUUGGCCCCAGAGGAAUAAAGACAAAGACCCAGGCUAGGAUGACAUCAUUAUUGAUUCAGACUUGAGCUUCACUGGUCACAUUAAGGCUAUAACUAGAUCAACAUUUUAUCAUAUUCAUCAAAUAGCAAAACUCAGAGGUCUCAUGUCCAGAACAAACCUAGAGAAACUCAUUCAUGUGUUCAUCACCAGCAGGCUGGACUGUCGUCUAACUGUUCAUCCCAAAAAAGCUGUGAAGCAACUGCUGCUUGUUCAGAAUGCUGCUGCUAAAGUCAUAGCAAGAACCAAGAGAACCGAGCACAUCACUCCUGUUCUUAAAUCUCUACACUGGUUACCAGUAAACUACAGAAUCAAAUUCAACGUAUUUUUACUCAUUUAUAAAUCACUUAAUGGCAUGGGACCAGAAUACUUGUCGGAUCUCCUUCAUAUACGCCCAGCUGGGCUCUGAGAUCCUUAGGAAACAGUCAGCUGGUAGAACCUUGAGUCAGAACCAAACAGGGUGAAGCUGCUUUUAGCUACCAUGCUGCACACAGAUGGAAUCAGCUUCCUCAUGACUUCAUAUGUGCCCCAACUAUAGUGACUUUUAAAUGAAAACCUUCAUGAUUUCAUCAGCCUUUGAAUGAAUGUUUCUUGUACAGCACAUUCUGUACUGUAACUGCUCACCCUUUAACCUUCUUAUUUAUUCAUUUCUAAAUAGUAUUUUCUGUCACACUGAUUUUAAAGUAGUUGAUGACCUUGCCAAUGGAAAGCACAUUGAAUUGCCUUUGUGUAUGAAUGUGCUAUAUAAAUAAAGCUGCCUUGCUUUGAUUUAUCCUGGACUCCUGGGCAUUCUGUACCACUCAUAAAUAUCUGAAUGUGUCUUUGGAAAACUACAAGUCCCAUCUCUGUGAGAUGUUCCCUCUGGGAAAAGCUUGGCAUGAAUAACAAUUAUCUAAUGACUCAUGGGCCAUGAAAGAAAAUAUGACACACUUUUGUUUGCUGCAAUGUGGCGACCUGACCUGGUAGUACUACUUCCUGCCACUGUGGUGUUGUAUUUUAUUUCUUUACUCCAGUGAUAAUGAUGAAUCAUUUCCUCUUUUCAGGUAAAAUAUAUAUAUAUAUAUAAAGACAGAUUGAGGAGGCGGAGGCUUGGGUGUAUUCAUAGUUUUUACUUUUUAUUUUCAGUUAAAUGGUCGGUCAUGUUUUAUUACACAUACAAUAUGAGAAGGAUGUUUACAUUCAUUCUCAGGAUCCAUUCAGAAAGAAAAAAAAAACAAUGAGGGAUCUCAUGACACACACACACACACACACACACACACACACACACACACACACACACACACACACAC